AACUGAGAGGGGUAAGAAGAAGAGAACUUCGUGUUGUGCUCCUUGACCAGUUCUGGCCCCCUCUCUGUCACGCAACCCUGCGCUCUCGGGAAAGGGUCUCUCUCAGCAACAGACCAACACUGGUUAAAAUUUAGGGCUGGGUCUGCUUCAGUAAUGAUUGAAUAUCGGCUCCCCUUUCUUGGAACGUCACGCAACCCAUCUCAGUGUAGAGUAGCGUUGCGACGCGUGACGUUGCACUAAGAUUUUGUUGGAAUGCACGAUGGGAAUCGCGCCCCUAGCGGAAAAUUGCGGAAAAAUUUGCCGGUCUGAUAUCAGCUGCUAAUCUUUUAAAGCUUAGCAUCAUUCAGUGCCAACAGUUCGAAUGCCCAAAAUUUAGUGCGCUUUAUACCGAGUGUGUAUAACUUCGUCGAAGUCCUUCGGCGACCUAGCUAACUAAGUGAUGGACGUGUUCGUGAACUACAGCUGUGAAUAUCAAGGUGAAACUGGAAGAGUCAAACUGACAUUCCCUAAUAUUGAUACGACGAGCAUCGGAGAUGUAAAGCUGGCCAUUCAAGAUACCAUCCAAGCACCAGUUUGCGAUCAACGCCUUUCGUACCAGGGACGGAUGUUAACAGAUGACAACAUCCCCCUGUGCAGAUUGUAUUUUCGGGAAGGUGACUGUUUUGAGCUGUAUUUUCUUGCUGCAGCGGAUAUCAAGGGGAUGAGAAAAGAAUUGAAUGCGUUGAAGAUGACCGCUAAAGAAAUUGUAGAAAAGCUCGAAAGACGGCUGCCUGGACUACAGCGAAUAGAAAACGAUUAUCGUGGCCUUUGGCAGUUCUUUCACUCGGUAGUGUCUGCAGUGGAGAACAUCACAAACGAUUUCUUUCAUCCGUGGAAAUGCUUGAAGUCCGUUGCCCAGAGGCACUUUUUCGUACAAGAGGGUGGGUUUGAGACUUUCUUGGAGGUGUUCAAAUUUUCACGGCAGCUGUAUUCGAUCAAACAGCGGCAAGAAAUCAUAAGGGAAGAUGGUCUAGAACUACGCAAGUGGCGCCUAAAUCGGGCACUACUAAUUCUUCAACAAUACUGUUUAAACCUUUUGUGGUCCUUCUCUGAGAGGCCGCAAGAUGGAGAGUUUGUCUUGUCAAAAAGAGUUCUUCCCCUGGUGAUUGAUGCCCUCUUGCUUCCAUACCCCUUUCCAGUUGAAGAUUAUGCUUUGAACUUCCAUCCUCUGGACUUAAUGGUUGUUCGUGUAAAUGAAGCAGCUAUAGGAUGCUUUGGAGGUUUGGUGGAACAAGAUCCCAGUACACAGGAGCUAGUAUCCAAAACACCACAACUGAUUGACAAGUUUCUAUUUGUGAUACAUUGCGCAUGCCGGGGUUGCCCAUUAGGUUGUGCACAGCACUCGCUGUUUUCCAGCCAGCUUGCUGCAAUCACUCUAUUUUACUGCACUUUCAAUGUAAAAUCUGCCCAAUCAUUUGUGGAUUGUGGAACAGUGGGAAAAAUGGUCCAGAUCACUACUAACCUUUUUGUCAACGAGGAAGAUUAUGACACGCCUCUCAGGUACUACUGUUGCCUGUUCUUGGCUCGAAUGCGUUCGUCUCCUCUUGUAGCGCUUGAUGGAGACAUUGGUGUUGCUGUUGAUCAACUUAUUGACAUGUUCCUAGCAAAGCAUAUACCCAGUCAAAUCUCACAAUGGGAAGAGUCUCUGAGUUUUGUUUGGGUCACAAUGGUGCCACUCGUUCACCUUGCUUUUGCUGUAGGAAAGAAAUGGAAAAAUCCUGCUGACCAAGCCAUCUGGAAGAGCACAAACGUCGAAAGUCAAUGUGCAAUUCAAAGCACUCAACCUUUGGAAUCCACUACAACGCUUGAAGCGUCUACAGAUGGCGAAAAGUCAGCGGCAUCAGACAGACACAGUGAGAGUUCGAGCAGAAGUGACCAACCCCCCUGGCCUGGUUCCAUGGCAACACAAAGGCUCGGGAUUUUUUCGCUGGUCCACAUGCUUUCUAUCGAAGAUAACAGACAGUUAGCAUUGUCAGAGAACCUGCUUCCAUACUUAGUUUGCCUGUUGUGGCAUCUAAACAGCGAUGAUAGGGACAAGCUACGUGCUAGUUUGGCAAAUUUCAAGGGCCUUUCACCUCCGCCUUUAAAAAUUGCUGCCAAAUCUGUGCUAGCUUUUAAGAAUGGCUUAGACGUGGUAUACAGCUUUUGAGCUUGUCAUUAAGCUUCACGGUAGAGGGCAAACUUUGUAUUAGUUGCAGAUAACUGACCGCUUGCUAAUGACAUAUCACAAUAUUUAGUAUUUAAUAUUUAGUUGUUUCUGUUUUUCUUGUUGUUGUUCAGGUUUUCUUAAUUUGCAUUCGCUGGAAUUGAAAAGAUUUAGCAAGCUGCUAAUAUCAAACCUUUAAAAGCAUAUAAAUGAGAAAAAAAAGUGAAAGCGUAAAUAUUGUCACCACAAUUUUAUGCCAGACACUUUUAUCCCAUUUUAAACCUUCAAGCGGGCAAGACGUUUUCGCGCGUGGUAUCGUCCACGCGUGAUCGCGUUAACAAAUCGCAAGCUCGUGGUUCCACAGCCACUUUCACAAUUUUAUGACGCAAUUUAUCAUCAAUAAGAGGACAGGCGCGUAAAAAAACUGACGUCAAUUUGUUUUUUACAAUACAAGACAAGACCCCAAAACGGUCAAAUCCCGGGAAUAAAUGAGGGGAAAACACGCUGUAAACUUGCCGUAAACAACGAUAAGUGAAUUUUAUUCAAA